CCUCAACACACCUACAGCUGCUGCGGCUGCCGAAGGAUUGCAGACGAAGUUGAAGUAUGCUGGUGCCUUUUUCACAGAAGCGAUGGGCCUGAAGUUCCGGGAGGCUAGUGUGAAGAUGGUCACAGCUAUGGCCGCCUCUGCGGAAGCUUUGGCAAAGCAGCAGGCGAAGAGCCGUGGCCUCCUCGCUGCGGUGAAAGGUGCAAAGAUCUAGGUGGGUAUCUCAGCCUGUUGCCUGCGUGAACUAGUGGAUUUGAGUGGUUUUCGGAAGAAGCAUCUAGUACUGCUGUCGGCUGUGGUAUCAAGAUGUGGUGACAUUCUGAGGAGAUAGGCCAGCAUGGAGCCUGAAGCGUUAGGUCUGCGGACCUACAAGAGACAGCACUACCCCAACCAACUUGUUAGCCCCUUACUUAACUUCUUCUUUUUCGAUCUUCAUACUUGUAGUUUGAAUUUAUGUACUACCAUCAAUCAUUUCAUGACAUAGAUUGCCCCUCACCUUCCCGAUGAAAAAACUUCUUGGAAUUUUUAAACAUGGCGCUCGCAUGCUUUGGCGUGCAGCUUCUUGCGGGUGCAGGUCCCUUAAGUCCUGCGUCAAUCUUCU